AGUGGUGGUGGCUAGUAGCUCUGGUUAGCGCGCAGCAAGCAAACGUUCUCAGUACGCUGAUAGCGGCUCGGAGUACGCCGCUCAUAACCCCAUAUCUGUCAGCGUUCAAACAGUGAUCAACACGUGACUCUACCAGUGCAUCUCUGAAAGGAUUCAAAGUUCCAUACCAUCUCAAAAUCGCCGUUAAAUCUUUUAAAACAUCUUGAAGUGUUGUGAUGAUCGGAAAAAAUGUGUAUAUCAGUUAUUUAUAGGAUCUGUACAACCUCAAAGUUAUGCAAAGCGUGUUCGUGUACAGAGUACUGUCCUAUCCACUAAUAUAGUUUUCUGAGACUAUAUUGUCACUCUGUGUAAAGUUGACAAAAAAUGUGUUUUCCCAAUGAAUUGUUAGAUAGUUACAAUAAACACGAUCCGUUAGUAUUUGUAAAAUAUUGUGCAUAAACGUAGAAUAUUUUCGGAGUUAAACAGUUGUGUGUAAAUUAGUGUGAUGGAGUUGACGCGAAUUGUGUGUUUACUUUUCACUGUGCUGUGCUGCGAAGGUACGGGUCUGAGUGAUGAGGCUAGGGUCACCGGCAAAACGCGGCAUUCCCCGGCUGCCAGGUUCACUGCCGAUGAACUCAUGUCCAUGGAUUUCCCACAGAAAAUAUCGAACGAUAUUGAUCUCGACCCAUGCAAAUCGAAUUCAUUCAUGGGUGACAUUGCCAUACCAGAUGGACGCUACGAGCUGGAACUUAAUCUUAAGAAAAAGAACAAGACUUACGAAGAAGAAAUGGAGAAAUAUAGGAAAGAGGCCCUACUGGAAGGGCUGCAAGUGGAAGAAGAAGGACUUUUAGGGUUGCAUAAACAGAAACUCCCCAGCAAGCCGCCACCCAAGUCACCCAAGACUUAUAUGACCUCAUCCUCCCCAACCGAAGAGGAGAGACAUGAGAAACAAAAAAUCGAAAAUGAAGAGAGGAUUAAAAAUGAUGGAGUUAGAAAGAAAGAUGUCGGAAAAGUAACAUCGUCUGAUGCAAAACAGAACAGCUCUCGGUGGACGACGGACGCGGCUGCUGUGCAGACGUCGGAAAAGGAGGCCUCGAAACCGGAAGUCGGGGAACAGAGGCACAGCGGAAGACAUAAGCAGAACCGGGGAGUAGGCUCGCCCUCGCACUCUCAGAACAGCAGACGCAGGCGUCAGAGGCAGAGAAACGGAAGGAAAAGACAAAGAAAUAGAUCACGGGAGUCAGCCGAGGGGACGAGAAAGAAGAAAGAAGAUGUUGAGAAGGAAGAGGAGAGAAAAGAGAGGAGGCGUCGUGCGGCGACCGGUCGCAAGGAGCGCAUCUGGGACUACGGUGUGAUUCCCUACGAGAUAGACGGCAACUUUAGCGGGGCGCACAAGGCGCUAUUCAAGCAGGCCAUGCGCCACUGGGAGAACUUCACCUGCGUCAAGUUCAUAGAGCGCAACCAGAACGAGCACACCAACUACAUUGUCUUCACCGAGCGUCCUUGUGGGUGCUGCUCGUUUGUGGGAAAGAGAGGGAAUGGUGCUCAAGCGAUCUCAAUCGGCAAGAACUGUGACAAGUUCGGCAUAGUGGUGCACGAGCUCGGUCACGUGGUGGGAUUUUGGCACGAGCACACACGGCCUGAUCGUGAUCACCACGUCAUGAUUGUACGUGACAACAUCAUGCACGGUCAAGAAUAUAACUUCAACAAACUCACGGAGGAGGAAGUGAAUUCAUUGGGCUUGCCGUAUGAUUAUGACUCUAUCAUGCAUUAUGCUCGAAAUACGUUUUCAAAAGGGACAUUCUUAGACACUAUACAACCUAUAGAUUACACUGGAAGAGGACUCAAGAGAAGACCAGAGAUCGGUCAACGAAUACGACUUAGUGAGGGAGAUAUUGCACAAACCAAUCUUCUGUACAAAUGUGCGAAGUGCGGACGAACAUUCCAAGAGAACUCAGGCUUGAUAACUUCCCCACAGUACACGAAUUCACAUCUACCACACGAGAGUGAUCGCUGUGAAUGGAGGAUCACUGCUACACACGGUGAAAAGGUUGUCUUGAAUGUCACUGAGAUCGAUAUAAAGAAGUCGAAUAAUUGUCGCACGGAUUACUUGGAAAUAAGAGAUGGUUAUUGGCAUAAAUCGCACCUACUAGGAAGGUUCUGUGGCAGCGGAAGAAUAAAUGACUCUAUAAUAUCCACUGGAAGUCGAAUGCUGAUUACUUACGUCACAACCGCUGGAAAUUCAAAUAAAGGAUUCACUGCCAACUAUGAGGCUGUAUGUGGAGGGGAGCUGGAUGUGAGCGAGGGAGGUCACCUGGAGUCGCCUAAUUACCCCGAAGACUAUCACCACAACAAGGAGUGCGUCUGGAGGUUGACUGCGCCCCCCGAUUACCAAGUGGCACUCAAAUUCCAAUCCUUCGAGGUAGAGAACCAUGACAGCUGUGUCUAUGACUAUGUGGAGGUGAGAGAUGGCCACACCUUGGAAUCGCCUCUCAUCGGAAAGUAUUGUGGCUACAAACUUCCUCCUGACAUACAUUCUUCCGGCAACCAAAUGCUUCUGAAAUUUGUGUCUGAUGGAUCUGUGCAGAAGGCUGGAUUUUCUGCUGCUUUCAUGAAAGAAUUUGAUGAAUGCACCUCACUAGACCAUGGAUGUGAGCAUCACUGCAUCAAUACCUUGGGUGGGUAUGAAUGCGCUUGUAAAAUUGGUUACGAGUUGCAUUCAGACAGUAAACACUGUGAAGAUGCUUGCGGCGGAUUGUUUGAAGCCCCGAAUGGAACAAUCACCAGUCCUUCAUUUCCUGAGCUCUAUCCUGGAAACAAGAACUGUGUUUGGGAGAUCAUAGCUCCACCGCAAUACAAAAUAACACUCAACUUCACCCACUUCGACCUUGAAGGAAACAACGUCUACCAGCAAGAAUGUGAAUACGACAGCGUGGAGGUGCACAGCAAAAUGCGUUCGGACGUCCUGCGACGUCACGGCGUCUUCUGUGGAUCGCGGCUGCCUCCGCUUGUGACGUCAGAGAGCAAUGCGCUACGCAUUGAAUUCAGCUCCGAUAAUUCUGUACAGAGGUCUGGCUUUGCAGCUGUUUUUUUCACAGACAUGGACGAGUGUGCGACGAACAACGGCGGCUGCCAGCACGAGUGCCGCAACACGAUCGGGUCGUACAUGUGUUCGUGCCACAAUGGCUUCACACUGCACGACAACGGCCACGACUGCAAGGAGGCCGGAUGCAAGUACGAGUUGACCGCUCCAGUCGGGGUGGUCACCAGUCCCAACUGGCCCGACUACUACCCGAGUCGCAAGGACUGUGUCUGGCACUUCACCACUACACCCGGACACCGCAUCAAAAUGAUAUUCACCGAAUUCGAGAUCGAGCCUCAUCCGGAAUGCGCGUAUGAUCACAUCAUGAUGUACGAUGGAGACUCUCCAGAUGCCCACACACUGGGCAGAUUCUGUGGCUCCAAGAUCCCCCACCCCAUCAUAGCAACUAGCAACCAGAUGUUCAUGGUCUUCAAGUCCGAUGCUUCUGUGCAGAGGAAAGGAUUCGUUGCUACUCACACAACAGCAUGCGGUGGUCACCUGCAGGCUACAGACAGAGUGAAACACUUCUACUCACAUUCGAAAUACGGAGACCACAAUUACGACAACAGAGCCGGCUGCGAUUGGACCAUUGAGGCGGCUCCCGGCAAGAAUGUGCAUCUCACCUUCCUCACAUUCGAACUGGAGGACGAACAGGACUGUGGCUAUGACUAUGUGGAGGUCCACAGCGGCCUCGACUUCAGCGGAGUCUCUUAUGGAAAGUUCUGUGGAAACUCGAAUCCCACGGAAAUAUUCUCAGUGGCUGAAGCACUUCUCGUUAGAUUUGUCACUGACGAUACCAUUGUGAGCAAAGGAUUCUCAGCGUCUUAUGUUGCAGUCAGCUCACAAACCAAUGAAGAGAUUUCGUUUAAACAGCAGGAGAAGGAGGAGGAGGAAGGAGAAGAUUUUUAGAUUUCUUACUUUGAACAACUUCCAUGAUGAGAGAGUAUAUAUUCCAACAGGCUGCAGUCGAAAUGCUACAAUAGAAAACCUAUUAUUAUUGUUAUAGUCUUCGGUAAUCUACAAAUUUCAAACUCAGAUUAAGAUGUGAAUAAUAAUGAAGUCCAAGAAACAACAUUAUUGACAACUUUUCAUCACAAACGCUAAUAGAAUAUUGGGUGUUCAUUAAUUUGUCAUGAAAAUUCAUUUCAAUGUUUUUUCCUGAAAGAAAGAACGGCUUUCUUUCAGUUCAAGUAGGUUCGAAAUAUUUUUUAAAUCGAGCUAGGGGAAAAUAAUAUGUGAAGAAUAUUUGAAUUUCAGGAACAUACCAUUUUUAAUCUUGAGAAAUCUCCAUACUAUUAUAUUAAGUAGGCUAAUGAAAUUGAUUACUUAUCCUAUUGACUCAUGUGAAUUAUAUUAUACUUAUAAUCACUCUCCAGUCUUUAAAAUCGAUAACUUUAGUACUGUAAUUUUACUAUAUGAGUGAUACUCUUUAUCACUGUAUUUUAACAAACAGAUCUUAUACCAAUAGAUAUUUCCAAAGAAAGUUUCAUAACUAUUAUAUAUCAAGGGGUAUUGAUGCUAAUUAUUAUUUAUAAUGAUAAUAAUAAUGUUGAACGAGUCAAAAGUUUUUCUUGAAUAACAUUUUGUAAAUAUUUUUUUCUUUAGAUUUAUCAAUUUUUGUAAUGAAAAAUUCAGGUGCCAUGAAGCAUUUUUAGUUUUUAUUGGUGCUUAAAAUUAAACAUGUUCAACAAAAUUAAUAUAAUGAUUUUUUAUUUUCCUGAUACUGUAUUCAUUUUUCAUAAAUAAUAGGUUGAGUUUAUCAUUUUAAAACUUAUUCUUUUGAAUUAUUUUCUAUGUAACGACAAAUCUUCUGUAUAGAAUAACAACAUCAGAACUAUUCAAUCUCUUCCAGUACAUAUACAGAGUAGGGAGAAUAUAGUUUGCUUAUUUGGAUUUCAUGUCUAGCUUGUUUCAUUUUCAAGAUCUGUGUAUUAUAGGCAAAUAACGUUCAGUGUAUCAAUACAUCAUGUCUUUUUCUAUUGAGUAUCCAAGAAUUAGCGAACAAUAAUCCGUUCUACUCUGUAUAAUCACUGUAAAUUAUUAAAUGAUUAAUUCAUCAGCCUCAAGUUAUAGCAACGAAAAACUGUUUUUUGUGAACAUUACUCUGUGUAAAAUGUUGGGCGUAUCAAUGUUUAUAGAGAAUGGUAGAGAAAAGCCGUGACCUCUCGAAUGUUCAGAUCAAAAUGAUCAUUAGUUAACAGCAAAUCAAUCCAUCAUGAAUACCUCAUCCAUUAUGUUAUAUUUUCAAAUUAAACUAGAAGCAAUUCAACUUAAAUCAAAAUAACUAACUGAAACUAUAAUCUUAUAUGAUUAUUUGACCAGCAGCUUCUAACAAGAAUCAAUGUUGAGUCAAAAUAAAAAGAUGUUAUUAUUUUAUCUAUUAUCAUAAUUUUAUUAGAUAUCUAUGGAGCUAGAAAUUGAAGGUGUACAGUUACAGAGAUUAAAAUAAUUUGCGUAAUCCAUGGAUGAAAUUUUAGACCAAAUCAGCAAAACUUCUAUGAAAAUGGACUGAAGUUUUACUGAGUUCAUACAAUUUUACCUGGUAGCCGGCCAGUCUAGCCGAGACGACUGAUGCCCGAUUACAACAAGCUCAGUCAAGAAAUUUGAAUGUAGUCGAUCCAGUUACAGUUUAUGACGAUGAUAAUGGACAUAUAAUUUCUUUGGCGAUAGUUACUAUCACCACAGACAAGAAGGCUUAAAUCUGUGCUAUUACUAUUGAUAACUCUAGUGCACACUUGUGAAGAGUACCCGGCUUGACCAUGUUCAAAUGUCUCGACUGAGCUUGGUGAAACAGAGCAUUGCACCCUUCAGUCUGCUAGCCUAGCGCUACCUGGUGGUUGGUGGGUUCGAAUCCAGCCCGUAGGCGUGAACAUUUUGAUCAUCACAUUACCCACGUAAAAGGAAGAAUCUCAUGUGGGCACCAUUCGCAAUGCAAAAAAUACUAUAAUUCACCAACAACAAUAACAAGGUACUGGUAGCAAAAACAAAACACUGACAUUAUUUUUUAUUCUCAAUCAUUGCAUUAGUUAUACCUAUUCCAUUACCUAGUUAUAUCUAUUCCUAUACCUAUUCCAUUAGGCGGAAAGUUAUACCCUACAAGCCCAAUAUGCAAUAAUCUGAAAGACUAUUCGACAACACAAUUUUUAUGAGAAUCUCUGAUUCGGAAAUUAUACACUAAAGAUCCAUAAUAUGCAUCAAUGUGAAUGAGUCUUCGACAACACAUAUCGGAAUCUCUUAUUAAAAAUAUUACAUCAUUCUAUCAUUUUAUAUAAAAUAUACUCUAUGCCUGAAUUGAAAUCUAUAGUAUAGAAAGGAAUUUAUACUUCUAACUAUUCACGUUCACAGCUAACUUGCAAAAAGGAUCUAAAUAUUAUUAAUGUUAUGGAUAGAGGAGACAUAAACUGACCGAUCAAGAAUAUAAAGGAAUGAAUGUUCUCUUAGCUCAGUCUCAUGUUAAGUUUCCAUAGCUAGACAUUAUAAAUUAUAAAUUAAUCCUAUUUAUUUACCAUUACAGAUUAGGAGUUUUUCAUGCAUGAUAAUAUAAUACAGUAUUCACUCAAACAUAUUCAGGAAUAGAAUAAAUAAUACAUUUUUGUGAUAUGAAUAUUAUGAACUAUAG